UCUGAAGCCGCUUGCACAACCAAGCUGGUUGCUCAAGGUCGUAGUCGACCAACUCCGGCCGAUGGUACUCGACACAAAUAUGUAUUAGACUAUGGCUGCAUCCCCCGGCCGUGUGACGGUGUCGUCCGCCGGUCAAAAUAACCAUCAAUCUACCAUGCACCCCAUCCCACUUCAUCCUUCUUCCAACUUCACACAUGUCCAAUAGAGCCAAAUAUCUCAGCCUCUACGAACAUGGGCUCUCAACAGAACAGGGAGAGGCACUUGGUGCAGAGUCACGCUAGGGAGGGUGACGUACCCGGCACGGUCGACCUCAGCACCAAAGAGGGCGAUGACACCGGCUACGGCCAGGCUCUGUAUCCAGUCCCCGCGGAAGACCCCAAUGACCCAUUGCAGUGGUCCAACACCCGAAAGAGCCUCAUCCUUGUCGUUUGCUCCGUCUACUCGUUCCUCAGUAACUCAGCUCUUCUUGGACCGGCGGUCUACAUCGGAAUCUACGCUGAAGAGUUUGAGAUCUCACCGACCAAGGCGAGCAACCUAAUCAGCUAUGCGAAUCUUGCCUUUGGAUUUGGCUCUCUUCUCCUAGUGCCUGCGUAUCACAAGUUUGGCCGCCGGCCAGUUAUGCUGGCGUCGCUAAUAGGGUACUGCGCCGGACUCAUCGCCUGCUCGCAAGUAACGACGUAUGAAGGGCUGAUGGCGGCGCGAGUCAUCCACUGCUUCGCCGCCUCUGUGUGCGAAGCGCUUCCUGUGCAGCUAGUCAACGACAUCUUCUUUCUACACGAGCGGGGAAAGCGAUUGGGCUACUACACUGUCUGCCUAUGCUUUGGUUCUACCGGCCCUCUCUACGCCGGCUACAUGCUUGCCGGCGGCUACUCCUGGCGCCUCUUCUUCUACGUCGAGUUUGCGUUUGGGUGCGCCCUGCUAAUUCUCGCCUUCUUCGUCGUCGAGGAGACACUCUACCACCGCAACAAACCAGUAACGGAACCACCCCACGAAUCCUCCAGCUCCCAAAACGACGACAAGAACCCCAUCUCCAACGCCGUCAACGUCGAGCACGCAACACCCGCAACAGCCACCUCACCCCGCAAGACCUUCGUCCAAACCCUCAAGUUCUGGGGUGUCUACGACAAAGACACAGAAUUCUUCCUCAUGAUCGCCCGCUCCUUCACCUACUUCCUCGUCCCCCACGUGCUCUGGGUGAUCACCACCUACGGAAUCUACAUCGGCCUCGGCGCCCUCAGCUUCAACUACACCUUCCCGCUCAAAAUUACCGCCCCGCCCUACAACUGGUCCCAGACCUCUUCCGGCCUAAUCGCAGUAGCCUCCUUCCUGGGCUAUCUCCUCGCCAUCCCCUUCAACGCCUCAUCCGACCGCCUGGCCGCACGCCUGACGCGCAAGAACGGCGGGGUGCGCGAGGCCGAGAUGCGGCUGGGCGUCAUGCUGCCCGUGAUGCUGCUGGCGCCCGCGGGCCUGGUGGUGUACGGGUUCGCGGCGGAGAGAGACUUGCAUUGGGUGGCGUACUUUGCCGGGGUGGCGAUGACGAACUUUGCGAGCUAUUUCUAUUUUACGUUUACGCUGGCGUAUGCGAUUGAUAGUUAUACGGCGAAUAUUAGCGAGAUGCUGAUUGCGAUGAACUUGGGCAAGCAGGCGGUUUCGUUUGGGAUGGGGUUGGAUUUGCUGAGCUGGGUGCUGCAGCAUGGGUAUGCGGUGAUGAUUGCGGGUGUGUUUUGUGCGGUGGUGUUGGUGAAUAACCUGGCGUUGGUGGUGUUUAUGUUGUGGGGGAAGAGGAUUAGGCGGUUUAUGGCUACGACGUGGUUGGCGAGGGUGCACCGGGCGAGCGUGAAGGAGGUUGCUACGCAUUGAGGGCGGCGGCAUGUGAUAUGGUUCUUUAUGUUGAGAUACUAUUACAGCUAAACUCUGCCAGUGACAUAUUGGUUACCCAACUUGUUUAAGAAGCAGUUUAAGGGUUGCGAUGCCGAGAAUAUCAGCAGCCCCUUUUUCUUCCAA